UAAUUAUCACACGGUACAUACUUUAUGACACCGUUUCAAGAUUAGCGAAUUACCAACUUUAGUUUUACAUGUUUUUUCUUAAUUUUUGUUCGAACGGAAUAAAAGGAGUUCAUACGCAUUUGUUCAAAGAACAUAUGAUGUUCAUAGAGGUGAAGUUUCAUAGACUGGUUAACCAUCUAAUAUUAUAAAGAACAUAAAUAAUUCAAAAUGUGGCAUGAGGCACGAAGGCAGGAAAAGAAGAUUAGAGGAUUAAUGGUGGAUUAUAAGAGGAGAGCAGAAAGACGUAGAGAGUUCUAUGAAAAAAUAAGGGCAGAUCCUGCUUUGUUUGUGCGUGUAUUUGGUCAGCAAUGCAAGGUCAACUUAGACCCAGCAAUAGCUCUUGCCGCUGAAAGCCCACAAAGCAUGAUGCCAUGGCAAGGAGAUAAAAGUAACAUGAUUGACAGGUUUGAUGUACGUGCUCAUCUUGAUAUACUCCCCGCAGAAAACUCUUAUAAAGUAGAGUUGAGUAAAGAGGAGGAAGAUGAAGAAAGGCGAGCUAACUAUGAGCGUUACAGGAUACUUGUAGAAAAUGAAUGUGCUGGAUUGACUGAAGAACAAGCCCUACACCAGUUAUAUUUAGAUGAACAAUUUGGUGCUAUAAAUAAAGACGGAGAAGAAGAAAAGAAUAAAUUACGUGAUAAGAAGGCAGCUAUAGGCUACACAUAUGAUGAUAGUACAGAAGACAAACAGAAUGAAGAUGACAGUGAAGAUAGUGAAAGUGAAGAGGAAGAAGAUAUUGAAACACUUGAUCUUGAUAUUGUAGUAGAUGUAGACACUUUAAAUGAGGACCAGAUUCAACAGUUUAAUGUUUGUGGUACUGCUUAUGGUAUGGGAAAACAAGAUUAUAUCAAAUAUUUAAGACGUGAUAAAGAUGAUCAAGAAGCACUUAAACAGGCUAAGCUUCUGGAGGAAGAAAAAGCACAGUUUGCUGGUAGAAAGUCAAGACGGGAGAGGAGAAUUUACAAGGAGAAAAGACUUGCUGGCAGGAAGUUAAGCCCACCAAGCUAUGCAGCCAGAGAUAGUCCCAAAUAUGAGCCAUAUAGAAGAUCAACAUCAAGAUCUAAAUCACGUUCCCCAAGCCCACCACGUAGACGUCGCAAAAUGUACAUAACAAGUUUUGGGGACAAUGAGAGUGAUGAUGAUGGAGAUGGUGUGGUGCAAGGCCCUGCACUGCCCCCAGGGUUUGGAGGAGCCCCUGAAACAGAAAGUACAAACCAGAAACCUUCAGCCUCAUGGGAAAGCAAGUCAAAAAAGGAAUCUAUACGCAAAAGACUAGGAAAAUCUUUAAGUCCAGAUUCUUCUCCAAGAAGCAGGGACAUAGAAUAUAGUAAACGACGGUCGCGGUCAAGGUCAAAUGAUCGAAAAUAUAGGUCAAGGAGAUCAAGAUCUAGAUCAAGAGGUCGUAGAUCAAGGUCAAGAUCAAGGGACAGGUACUCUAGAAGCAGAAGAUCCAGGGAUAGAAGUCAGAGAUCAGUGUCACAUGAAAGAUGGCAGAGGUCAAGAGACAGAAGGUCAUCAGGUCGUUCUAGAGGUAGAAGGUCAUCGGAAAGGUCAAGAGGUUAUAGAUCAAGGUCUAGAAGCAGAAGAUCUAGAUCAAAUGAAAGAAAGCCUUCUUAUAGACAAUAUAGCAGAGGGAGGUCAAGGUCAAAAUCUAGAAGCAGACGACCAUCAUCAUCCUCAUCUAGAUCCAGUUCAAAAUCUUCAAGAAACUCAAGAUCAAAAUCAAGGUCACCGACUAAGCCAGUGGUUAAACGGUACAGACGGGAAUCCUUGUCCUCAAACAGUUCCUCAGACUCGGAUAAAUCACCACCAAGGAAAUCAUCAACAAAUACACCAAGCUCUAGACAAAAGUCUGGUGUACCUGGAGCCACGAGUGCCAAGUCUUUAGUGCCGUAUGGUAAACCCUCCAGCAUAUCUCAAGUGAAGCUUACACCUCAAGAGAGGCUUAAAAAAAAGAUGCAGAUAGCUCUAAGUAAACAGUACAAGGCAGACAAGAAGGCAGAGGUGAUGAGAAUUGAGAAGAUUGAACAGGAAAAAAUGGAUCGGGAAGAGGAGUUACGACAACGUGCCGUGGAGAUGCGUCGACGUGAACGUGAGAAACGUCAUCGUGAGAUGGUAGAGUACGGUAGUGAUAGUGAUAUCAGCAGUGGAGGUAGCAGUCCACCUCGACGUCGCGAGAGAUCACCCGCAAUAAGAUCACGUAGAGAUAAUGGAGAUUUGCCUUCAAGAUCUAAACAAAGAUCUCGGUCAAUAUCAAGGUCAAGGUCAAGAUCACCUGACAGCCAUAAAAGGAUCGUUGACUAUUGACAAUAUAACCACUUUGAUGAAGGAUCUAACUUCACAUGCUUCAGUAAUUACUCCUGAUCAUUGUUUCACAUCCAGAGUGAAAAUUAUUAUGAAACAUAAGUGUUUGAGAAGAGAAAAUUGCAUGUUCAACAUGAAAGAUGACACUGUCAAUUUGUGUUACCAUUUAUUAGUUAAGAUGAGACCAGGUGAAGGUCAUUUGAUGGAUUCUUUUGCAUAAUAGCAUUAAUGGUAAAUGCUGACUGACAAAAUAUUAAAUGAUAUAGGAGAAUUCUAAGACUAGAAAUAGUGUGUAUAUUUGUGAAAAGUUUUUAUAGAAAAACGUGAUGUGAACAGAAAGCAUUUUGCUACAGUUACAAUUAUACAUAGAUGUUAAA